AUGCCCACUUAUCAGCUGCACUUUCGAAGCAUCUUCGGAUUGCUCGCCUCAGCGAGUGCAUUCAAUCUGAUGGUUUGCCAGGUACCGAGAACGUGGGAUGUGAAACUGGAGAUGUGGAUGUGGGAUAUGGAUAUGGAUGUUAAUGUUAAUGGGGAGGUGGGUCGGGAUGGCCUGGGCAAAGUGAAGUCACAUCAGAUCGAGAUUGCUGGCGAAAGUUGUGGUCAUUGCGGUCCAACGGAUUUCAUUGAAUCCACCGCCCAGCAGAAUCGCAAAAAUCCCAAUAUGGAGGAACUUUGCCAGCCAGAAAGAACCCAGAAACCCAGCAAAACUUUACCCAUAAGCACAAUGCCAACAAAAUCUUUCUGCGCUACUAUCCGCCAGGUGGGCAAGGUCAUAGAACCAUUAAGUUUUUUAAAAGCUAACAAUUUUUCUUGGGUUAUCCUAGGACUGGCCAUAAACUAUCGAACUGCGAAGGGCAAUGAACGGCUGCGUCACUUCGAUCUGCUUGACCUAGAUUCAAAAACAAACAUAGAACCUCUGGCCGACAGGAUUCUACUUCAAACCCUAGCUGAAGCGGAAGAGGAUAAAUCGCAUGUGGAUUCCGAGAAGGCUUCUGCACCUCGUCCUGUCAGCGGAACUGUAGCCAGAUCUCAGAACACCUUUAGCGCUUUGAAACAGGCUCUGGAGAAACUUCAGAAGAAGCUGCGUGAGCCGGUGAAAAAGAAGUUCUAUCUGCACAAGUGCCACAACUCGCACAUCCUGCCGCUGACCAACGUGUCCUUCGAUCGCAGUGGCGAGCGGUGCCUUACUGGUAGUUACGAUCGCACCUGCCAUGUGAUCAACACCCAAACGGCAGAGGUGGAGCACAUCCUCAACGGCCACGACAAUGUGGUCUUCUCCGUGGGCUUCAAUCUUCCGCAUUGGUGGGUUAAAAAGAGUUCUAGUAGUAGAAUAUAUGAUUCUCACACUUGAAUAUGUUUUAGCGACAAAAUAGUAACUGGAUCCUUCGAUGGAACCGCCAAGGUUUGGUCCGCCGGCAGUGGCCAGUGCUUGUGCACUUUCUAUGGACACACUGCCGAGCUGGUGGCCGCUGAAUUUGAUCCAAUGCAUGGAAGUACCAUAGCCACAGCCUCCAUGGAUGGCACGGCACGGAUCUACGAUGUGGAAACGUCCCAUGAACUCCAGCAACUGACGCAGCACGGAGCCGAGGUGAUUGCGGCUCGCUUCAAUCGCGAUGGUCAGCUGCUGCUCACGGGCUCCUUCGAUCGUACGGCAGCUAUUUGGGAUGUGCGGAGCAAGAGUCUCUGCCAUCAAUUGCGUGGCCACAGCGCCGAGUUGUCCAACUGCGUGUGGAACUUUAGUGGAUCCCUGAUUGCCACUGGCUCUCUGGAUGCCACAGCCAGGAUAUGGGACAUUCGGAGGAUGGAUCAGGAACUCUAUUUGGCUGCCAAGCACAGUGACGAGGUUCUUGAUGUAAGCUUCGAUGCGGCGGGCAGGCUGUUGGCCACCUGCAGCAGCGAUUGCACGGCGAGGGUGUGGAAAAUGGAGGGAUCGUCGGAGCUGGAGAUGCUGUCCCUAAUGGCAGGACAUGCGGAUGAGGUGUCCAAGGUGUGCUUUAGUCCCAGCGGUUGCAUGCUGCUCACAGCUUCGGCGGAUAACACAGCCCGACUGUGGCUCACAGAAUCAGGACAAUGCUCCCAGGUGCUCGCCGGUCACGAGGGAGAAGUAUUCAGCUGUGCCUACAGUUACACGGGAGAUGCCAUCCUGACCGCUUCGAAGGAUAAUACCUGUCGUUUCUGGAGAUGAUACGACUGGUACACCGUUCAGCUGAACGAUGGUUCGAUUGACUGAUUAAAAGUUUGGCUUGGUUUUUUUUUCAACAUUUACUACAAACUCGAGCGUAAUUUUGCUUUUCUCUCUUAAGAUUUUCAUCAUCAACUUGCUUCUUAUAAAUUAAUAGUUCUUAGUUUCAUUCUCGUUUCUUUAAGAUCGGACAUUAUUGUGGAUUUGCUUUUGUUUUGCUUCGCUUACUUUAGGUUUUAGGUAUUACUUUUCU